AUGGCCGACUGGUUCAAUUUAGAAGUAUGGCAGCGGAUAGUCCUGCAGAUCAGCCAUGCGGAGCCGGCCGCCUACCACGCCGCCGUGGCUCUCAGUGCGCUUCACGAGGAUGUCGAGAUGCGCGGCCUUUGCCGCGCUGGCAAGCAGGGUAUGCAUGAUUCGCAUCAUCGCUUUGCGUUCGAGCAGUAUGGCAAAGCGAUGGUCAUGCUCCGGCGACGCUUGGCGUCGAAUGAUCCUCAGGUCCGGCUGGUGGCCUUGAUAUGCUGUAUCACUUUCAUCUGCGUCGAGCUGCUCCACGGCAGCUACAAGAGCGCGAGCGUGCAUCUGCGGAGGGGGGCGCAACUCGUGGAGCAGCGUGAUGGGUACUGGAGGCAUCAUCCGAGACAAGGCUCGCUCCCUACCGCACAGCUCCGCUACGGGUCCGCGACCGAGGCUGCCCUGGUCCAAGCCUUCAUGGUGCUCGAUGUGCAAGUAGCACAAUACGAACAAUCAGAUGCCCUGACGCUUGAGCAAUCGACAGACCAGAAUGCUUACCCGUCUGUGACCAGCAGCCAUGGCAGCCUGAUGCAUGAGCAAUCAACAGACCAGGAUAUAUCCCUAACUGGGUCCAGCAGCCUUGGUAGCAACGCAUUUGGAAGCCUCUUAGACGCUAGACAGCGAAUCAAGAUCCUCAUGAGCAAGCUAUCACAGUUCCGAGGGUCCUGCGAAACUCUUCUGCAUGACAACGCAAAGGAACCGGCCGUGGUGCAGCGGGCGACAGCACAGCAGGACAUCAUGCUAGCUCAACUGAGCGAGUUCGCGGUAUCUUUUGAAGAGCUUGUGGCGCGUCGUGAUUCUGGCUCCUUGACUGAGGAGGAGAGGCGCAAUAUCGCCCUGUUGCGCCUGCAGCAUCUGUCGUUGCUAAAGCUGGUGGAUAUAAGCCUGGCCGCUUCGGAGGUCAUUCCGGAUCGCACUUUGUCAGAAUGA